UUAUUUUGAAAGUAUCGGUUUUGACAACCGGAAGCAGUGUGGUUAGCUUUAGCAGGUUGACGCCGCUGUGUCGUUGUUUACAGAUGAUCUGGAUUGAACUCGCUUCAUCUCAUCAGUCGUCCUUCCCAGCAUGAAGCUGCGGGUUCGGAUCAACCGGCACACCAGCCGGGUGGAGGUACCGGGCGAAGCAGCCGGUCUGAAGGAGCUCACGGACAUCGUCAGGGAGACGAUACUGUCCUCUCAGGGACUCAGUGCCGACUCACACUUCAGUUUGUCUCUGAACGGCUCCACCCUUCUGACCGACUCGGGCCAGACUCUGUCCUCCUGCGGCAUCGUCUCCGGAGAUCUCAUCUGUGUCGUCCUGCCCGAGUCAACAGCCGAGAGCGACGGGAGCGCCGCCGCCAGAACCACGGGAGACUCUGACAACCAGAACCAGCAGGUCCAGCAGGUCCAGCAGGUCCAGCAGGCUGCCACGACAUCCAACCAGUCGAGCAGUAGCAGACUGGCACCCACCGUACCGGGUCCCGAGCGGACCGGCCCGCCGCCCCCCCGCUGGGAGCCCAUGCUGUGCAGCGAGGCGGAGGACGGCCGGGCGCCGGCCUCCCUGGAGCUCCUCCUCCACUCGGCCCAGACCUCCAGCCCCAGCGACGCCGUGGUGGUGGCCGGACACCUCCUGAUGCUGGAGACGGGCUUCGUUCCUCAGGCUGGCGAGCUGAAGGCCUCAGAGAUGCCUGCAGGAUGGAGGUCUCCAGGAGUCUACAAGCUGCAGUACACCCACCCUCUGUGUGAGGGCAGCGGGGCCUUGGUGGUGUCGGUGUGCAUGGGCGCCGUGCUCGUCAUCAACGCGACCCUGAAGGUGAACGAAACCGUCGACGCGGUUCGCAAACUGUGUGUGAACCCGUCGAGCUACGUGACGGACCAGCAGCCAGGAAAAGGCGCCGCGGCGAUCUACAGAGAUCUACGUAAACUGUCCCGGGUGUUCAAAGACCAGCUGGCCUACCCUCUGAUCGCCGCCGCUAGAGACGCCGUAGCGCUGCCGGUGCUGUUCGGUCUGGCCGCCCUCCCCCCUGAACUCGUCCUUCGGGUCCUGCGGCUGCUCGACGUCCGAUCGGUGGUCCGACUGUCGGCGGUCUGCCGGCGCUUUGCCGUCUCCACGGCCGACUCGUCGCUAUGGCGACACCUGUACCGCCGGGACUUCUCAGAUGGAGAUCUCAGCCGCUCCAGAGACACCGACUGGAAGGAGCUCUACAAAAGGUUCCAUAAGAUCCGCUGUGAGCGCCGACAGGUGACCUGGCCCCGCCCCCUCCCCCCCUUCCACCGCAACCCCUUCGUCCCCGCCCCCCUCCAGCCGCCGCUGCCCGGCAUCAUCGGGGGGGAUUACGACCAGAACCCGGGCCUCCCCCGCGUCCUCCUCCCCCGCCCUCGCUACGACCCCGUGGGCCCGCCGGGCCUCGACCGGAGGCUCCCCCGAGGCCGACCUAUGGGGGGGCGAGCCGCCGACAUCCGGAGGGGCUUCAUCUGAGCCCGCCUCCCUCUGGGAGCCAAUCAGAUCUCCUCCUGGAGUAAAUAAGCCAAUUAAAACCCAGAUGAUCAAUAACUGAUCAGUCUUAAUACAGGAAGUUGGACUUCAAACCUGCUUUUUCUGAACUAUUAUUUGAUUUUGUAAAGAUAUUUGAGUUUAUUAUUAGAGUCUUCUGUUAUUGUCCAUUUUAUUACAUAUUUGUGUAAUAUUAGUAAGGUCGUAGUACGUACUUGAACACUGAAUAUUAUUACAUGUAUGUAUUUAAUAGUAUACAUUUUAUAUUGUUACACAUUCAUAUAUACUAUAACUUUAUGUAAAAAUAUUCAUUUCAUUGAAAGUAUACUAGUAUGUAAUAAAUAUAAUUUAGUUGUUUAAUAAUUUGUGGUAGAUGAUCAAAGGUUAAAUGACCUAAAACACAAACCCACGUUUCCGUGGUCGGGAGCGCGUGAGACAAUGACGUCAUCCUUUGUUUUAAAACAAAGGGUGCGUUUGUUCACAAUCCACGUUUCGGCGGUGGCGUCUGGGCGGGCGGAGCUUAACGCGUAGAAACACCGGUGUGGGAAAAGUUGUGUUGCCCGUGUCGCGAUGUGACCUAACCGGAAGUCACAAUUGACUGGGGACGCUUUUGUCGAUGUUCCAUGUUAAUUUCCUCUUUAACUCCGCCGACGGCGGGCGGGGACAUCGUCGCUCACAGAGGUGCGCUGGAUUGGUGACCUGCUUAGCACCGACGGUGGGUGGGUUUCACAUCCAGUUAAUUGAAUAUAGAGGCAUUUUUUCUUUGAAAACUUUGAAUAUUCUUUGAAUUCUUACAUAUAUACAUAUUUAUAAAACCCC